GCUGACGGAGUUCCGGAGUGGCAUUCGGUUCGUUGCUUCGCUUGACGUCUGCGCAGAACGCGAGUCCUUCAAGAUACGUAUGAGGUUUCAAGCGUUUCAAGGGGAAUCGGUGAGUUCACUCGUUACAGACUGCUGGACGCCUGGAUGGUAGAAUUGGGUAAAGUCGUUUUAGUUGCCAGUGUCAAACGAUCACUGGCCGGUAUCGAACGUCAUGUGAGUUGUGUACCGGAUUGUCGUACCGGAACCGUGUUGUUGAAUAAAUCAUUGACGAACUGUUCAACGUUGAUGUUCUGUUGUUGUUAGUGUAUAGGACGAGUGUAGUAGGACUGAUUAUAGUGAGGAGGCAACAGUUUCUUGUCUAUAGAUGUGGUUUGCAAUGCGUAUGAAAUAAAUACGAAAUUAUGCGCAUAUUUGUGAAAAAAUAGUGCCGUGCACUUUUAAAAAUAUACCAAGCCAAAUCGAGUAAAUAUCGUACGCAUGUUGUGACAAAAUACAAAACAGAGAAUUGUAAAUAUUUUACACGGCCACAAACUUUGUACUGUGUUGUGUUCGUGAUCUCCUUUAUCUAAAGCGUGCAUGAAACUGAAAGUAAAUCUCCGGGGAAGGUGUUCGCUAACUCUCUUCGACUUUACCAGCUAAUGGAAGUUGGCAAAUGUAAAAGUUAAAAGUUUCGGUUAGUCGUUUCCCAAAUCUAGCGGUACUUCGCUUUCUCCAACAGUCGUGCGAUCUUAUCUUUCUUUCCAUGUGUUGUGUGAUGUGGAACUAUGGAGACGACCGGGCAAAUAUGUUACUAUGGAAACGACCGGGCAACGAUGUUACCGUUCAGUAAACCAUCGCCCCUGAAGCACCAUAUAGACAAGUGGAUUAAAUUGAUAAGGUUUCAUUCGAUGAAAGCGCGGGAAUAUGUAAUAAAGAACCAUUCUGCUUUGCUUUCAUACGCACGCACACAGCUCGAAUCAACAUCGGAAACCGAAGGACGGCCACAUCCGACAGUGAAAUCCAACUAACAUUUUUUGUGUUUGCGUGCGAAACCGUAUCUAGUCGUAAAAAGAUAUCGCAAAAAAGGGUGAUUUUAUUAGAAUACUGACAACAUCUGACGGACUGGGUGCGUGCGUGCGUGCAUGCGACCUAAGUAAAUAAAACGGCCUAUUUACACUUCUUUUCGUGGAUGAAAGUGAAGUGGAACCGUGGGCUGGAAAAAAACACACCAAAGGAAUGCGAAACAGUUUCGCAUAAAGUGCUUGGUACGUGUGUCGGAAGCCGGUGUUGGAAGUCCUUAAUUUUCGUGAACUGUAGAAGCAAGAUGUCCGUGAAGUAGAAAGUGUUCUCCACUUCCCUCUUUUACUGCUUGCCCAUUCCAACCAGGCACCGGGUGAAUGGUUCUACGGUCGAAUGAUUAUUACGAUUAUUACUAAGCAUACACAAAGUUGUUCCGGUGAACCUCCGUGCCUUACGGGGAAUGUGCGAAUUUGAAAACCAGUGUCGCACGUCACAGGAUGUGCGAAUAUGAUGGCCAAUAAAAGCAAAGGACAACAGCUCGUUCGAUGGUUGCCGAAAGGGUUAACGGCGCAACACAAGUGCUUAUACGUAUCGAAUCGUAGAUAUAGGCCAGAUUGAGCCCUCGGGGCUAACCAUCGCACACGAGACAUACGGAUUCGUCAAGAAGAAGGUCAAAAUGACGGUCGUCGACUUGUCAUAAAACGAUUUUCCUCAAUAGCAGUGUCAGCAGGAGCAGUAGCGCUCGCUUGUUUUAGGAUAUCGAAAAACGAAAUCGAAAUUCGGUGCAACAGUGUGGGCAAGUGAAGUGAAUGUUGUGAACGAAGAAUAGAAAGUGGAUUUUAUAAAAAUUUAUGAAACGGCCAGCCCGAACAGCAUUUGCAAAUCGUAGUGCUUAUCCAUCUGGUUGCUUCAUAUUUUAGUUUCUUUUUAUUUUCGAAAACAUUUCGAUCGCACGCAACGGUACGACAUCUUGAGAACGACCGUGUUGGGACGUGCACAGGUUCCCAGUUUUCGAAAUUCUCGGUACCAUCGAAAGUUCGAACAUUGGACGAGCGUAAAAAUAGAAAUUCUCCAUCGCAGAACGAAGUGUUGUCGCCUCCACCACAACGUCUCUUUCGUUGUACGUGAUUGGUAUAAAAGCAGCAGACAUUAUGUGCGAAGGCCCGAAUAUACCUUCCGGACGCCACAGGUCCGGAGAGAAACACUGUCUCACCAGUCGUAGAAGAACCGAAGCUCGACAUCGAACAGUUGUGACUGGUGGAUUAUUGCUGUGGCUGGGAUUGCUGACGAUGUUUGUCAAGGGAAAUCCCGAAACACGCAGUAACGAGCAGGAACUGAAGCCAAGCUUCGCGAGUCCGAUCGAGAACGUGACAGUUCCUAUAGGUAGAGAGGCGACGCUCAGUUGCAUUGUACAAAAUUUAGGUGCCUACAAGGUCGGCUGGAUGCGAGCCUCCGAUCAGACAGUCCUUGCGCUCCAGGGACGGGUUGUGACGCACAAUUCUCGCUAUAGCGUGACACAGGAGGAGCGUGACGUCUGGCGGCUAAAGAUACGAAAUGUGCGCGAGUCCGACCGGGGUUGCUACAUGUGUCAAAUAAACGUCACGCCACUGCAGAAACAAGUAGGCUGUGUUGAUGUACAGUUGCCACCGGAUAUAUCGGACGAGCAAUCCUCUUCGGAUAUGACAGUUCGUGAGGGUGGUAACGCAACGUUCUACUGUCGUGCAACCGGACAUCCUACACCGAAAGUCACCUGGCGAAGGGACGAUGGAAAAUUGCUCUAUCUUCUCCGAAACGGAACCGACCAGCGCAAGGUCGAUCAACAUGUUGGCAUCUUCCUAAACCUGACCCACGUCAGUCGGAAACAGAUGGGUGCAUAUUUGUGUAUCGCUUCCAACGAAGUCCCACCAGCCGUUAGCAAGCGCGUCUAUCUCAACGUUCACUUUCCACCAAACGUGACGACGGCGAAAACGCUUCUUGGAGCCUACGAGGAAUCGGACGUAGAGUUGGAGUGUGAAGUGGAGUCAUUUCCACGUUCGGUUAACUAUUGGACGAAGGUAGCAAAGGGAGGACGCAACCCUAGCAGCAGCUUGAGCUCGUCCAGUGCAGAAAUCUUCCACCAUCACCAUCAGGAGGUGAUGCUGAACGGUGAUCGGUAUGAAAUUCGGGAGCAACAUUUCGGUACCCUUUACUCGGCAAAGAUGACGCUACGGAUUCGCAGUUUCUCCAUGGCCGACGCUGGCAGCUACAUGUGCAUAUCAUCGAACGCCUUUGGCAAGGCCAACCGAACAAUUCGGCUGUACGAGAUUAAAAGACCCACGACUACCACCAGCACGACGACAACAACUACUACCACUACGACGACUACAACAACCACUACGACUACACCUGCACCGCCACCUCCUACGCCACCGCGCCGAAGAACUACACUAAUGGGCCCAAGGGCACCAUACGGUACAACGCCCUACCCUCCGACAGGAUUCAUCAUCGAGUACAUCACCUACUCGCCGGGCUUUGUCGAGUACGGGGCGAACGGUGAGACCUACAUCAACUAUCCGCAUCUGACGGCCUACUCGAAAUCGUCCUCCUCGUCCUCCUCUUCCUCCUCAGCGAACCCGCACGGAUCAUCAGCGGCUUCCUCAGCGGCCUGUCCGCCCUCCACAGUUGCGCUGCUCGGUAGCCGUUGGACCGCUGGAACUCUAGGUGGAUCGUUCCGUCCCCUGUCCGGGCUAGAGGAUAGAUUUAUGAGCAUUUUGAUCGUGACAGCCCUGUCCUGUGUAUCCUUUUUUCGCUACUUUCAAAUCUAUCUUCCCUGGAUUAUACUUUUUCUGCUGCUCGUACUGAUCGGUCGCAAGCCAAAAGAGAAAAUCUCGUCCGAUCUCGUCCUCCACCAUGCGCCCUGUGCUCUGUGAGGAUACGGCACCGGGUGCCAUCUGUCACCGAGAAUGACCAGGCCGACGACGAGGACGAAAACGACCGUACAAGACAACAACCUGACGAUUCCGAUGGCCGUUCGUUACGAAAGAGGUAACGAAGGUAAUGUUGUUUUCUAAUUUGCUAGGAUUAAUCAGGAAACAACGACCUUCCCCCUGUCUCGGAUGCAAUGCGGUCCGAAGAGUCCUGGUACCGUAUAGAAUAGAUCAAAUAAGCGCCGAGUAAAGGAUGCGUAGCAAAUGAAGCAGACACUAAAAUAAGGGAUCGCAAAGGACACGUGAAAUUUGUGUAUGGGCAGGGCAACAUGAUAAAGGGAAGGAAGAGUGAAUAAAUAGAAAUCCGAGAAAGCCGGAGCCCCCACUCAAGCUAAAUAAACCGGAAACCCGGUCAUGUUACGAUGUACAUAUUAAGCAAAUACUUCCAGUAAUAAAUUGCAAUAGCCAACAAAAACAGUAUCACCCUAGUUGACCGAUGUCAGGCAAUGCGCAGUCAAGCCGUUUAGAACAAAAAAGAAUGCGUUCCAGAGCGCACAUUCGGAGUACUAAUCAAUAAAAAAAGAACACAGAAACUGAAACAACCAAA